AUGCAGCAGUGGGUUGAGGGUUCUUCCUACACAUAAAGUUUUUUUAACGUAACUGCGCGAAAGAUCGGGCACUACAUAAGCUCGUGAAUAUCUCGCGAUCGAUAAACUUUUGCAUAUCUGCAGUCCAGUUCAUUCCCAUGAGAACACCGUAUCGUAAAAGUAGUGUAAAAGUAUUGGUCAAAUGGGAGAGAGGAGUUAAGAGUAUAUGAGAAAAAUGAUUUACUGGUUGAGGGUUUGAUGCGAGAGUAACAGUUUUCCCCAAUGGCAGUCAGAAAGCAGCGUAGGUUCGUGUUGGAAUUAGUUGAGCUUUCAAGAUGAGGUACUCUCAAUCUGACAAAGGACACCAAAAUAUGGGGAGGAGAACCAGCGUCAUGGAGUCUCUAUGCAAUCAAACUUUAAAGGAUGAAGGUUUGAGGCGAGCCAAAUAUUGCGGGAAGAAUGGGAUGACAUAUGCAAAGGUUUAUUGAUCGCGAGAUAUUCACGAGGUUAUGAUGUGCCUGAUUUGUCUAGGCAUCCUCCGAAACACACGCACUGUUAUGGAGUGUCUUCAUCGGUUUUGCAGAGAAUGCAUUGAUAAAGCUAUGCGACUUGGGAGAAAAGAAUGCCCUACAUAUCUCGCACAUUGCGCGAGCAGGAGGUCUUCAAGGGACGAUCCCCAUUUUGAUGCCCUUACCGCUGCUAUGUUUCCGGACAUAGAGAAACUUCAGGAAGAGGAAUCCACUUUGCUCGAGGAGACUCUUAUCAGCAACAGACAGACACAGACGAUAAUUGAGGAAGCCUUCAAGCGCCAAUCUGAAGCAAUGGCAAGAUUCAAGAGACCUAAAUCAAUUGGUUCAAAAACACGAAUCGCCAAAUAUUCGAGAGUAGCUGGAUGUGAAGAUGAGCGGUUCAGAGAUAUCUCUGUGGUUCCAGAUUUAAACAAUGCUGGGGCUAAAUCGUCAAUCAGUACGAAUGUGAACAUACUCCAUCUAGUUAAUAAUGAGGCAGAAGUAGAAAUGGAAGCGGAUCAUGGUCUCAGGCUUUUAAGUGAGCUUGCCGAUCAGGAUGAAUUCUCGAGCCUCACCCACACCUUCAUUGAAACGGAUUGUGAUAAAGGACAUAGAUUCGGGUAUGUCAAAGAGCACAGAAGUUAGGAGUCAGAGUUAAAGGAAAGAAGACUGUCAGGGAAAGAAAUGCUCAUCAGUUUCUAAGUGCGGUGAAGAACUUGUAGUGAUGGGAGAGCCCUCUAAAAAGAACCAGAGGGGGAAAGCCAUGGAGAUCUCGCCUACUCCAACAGAUGAUGGACUUCUGGGCAACUUUGCUUCAACUGGAUUGUGAUAGAAUGUGUGAUGAGUAUCAUGAUCAUGACAAGGAGAAUUGGACAGCAGAAGGAUCUCGAUCUCGGUACGAAAGUCAAAACGGCCAUGGAGGACCGAAAUUUGCUUAUGAAAGUGGAAUUUCUUCACGUAAAGAAGGUCAAACGCAAGCGAAGGUAGUGACAUGUGGGUCCACUGUGCAUUCUGAAAUUCUUAGUGUGAGGAGAGGUUAAGACAUUCUGAAAUUCUUAGUGUGAGUCAAAAAAAUUUAUUGCAUUAGAAGAAUAAAGAUUUAUCAAGUACACUGCGCUAUUGACAAAUUCAAUCCAAAAUUCUUAUGGCCAACUAGAUUUGGCUCAACAUACUUCACACUCUUUCGAUAUUGUUUGAUUUACUCUCUGAGAACAACAUUUGUUGUGUAUUAUAAACCGUGAUGAGUCGACGAGUAAUUUUUUCUUGAUUGCAGGAAUUCCAAAACAACUCAAAUGUAAACUUC